AUGAAACUUUCCGCCAUUUUUUUCUGUCUCUUGGCUGCUGUCUGUGUCUCGGAAGCCGCAGCUCCAUACUCGGGCUCUUCCAACAAACCUCUGGUGGACCAGAAGGAAGAGUACGUGCCGAAGUUGACAGUGGACAAGGUCUCGGCCGCCGACAACGAGCCUUCCAACCUGCUUGAUCACGACUCGGAUGACGAAGAAGACAGAAACAUCCAGUCAUUCUACAUGGCUGUGUCUAUGAUCGUUGUAUCUGAAAUCGGCGAUAAGACGUUUUUGAUUGCGGCUUUGAUGGCCAUGAAACACAUGAAGUUGGUGGUGUUUUCAGCGGCAUUCUCGUCGUUAGCAGUCAUGACGGUGUUGCUGGGAAUCGUGGGACACGCAUUGCCUACUUUAAUCUCGCAGCGUGUCACUCAGCUCCUUGCAUCUGUGUUGUUUGUCGUGUUCGGCAUUAAGUUAUUGAAAGAGGGUUUGUCUAUGUCCAAAGAGGCUGGUGUGGACGAGGAAUUGGCCGAGGUCGAGGAAGAAUUGCAGGCCAGUAGUAUGAACGUGGAAAUGGAUGAAUUAGAGGGCGGUGAAGGCCGCAGACACUCUUUCUCCCAUUCGUCCAAGAACCAACCUUGGUACCAGUCUAUCGGCACCCAACUUGCUGACCUCGCGUCGUUUGUCUUGUCUCCAGUAUGGAUCCAAGUUUUUGUUAUGACCUUUUUGGGUGAAUGGGGUGACCGUUCUCAAAUUGCCACUAUUGCCAUGGCUGCUGGCUCUGACUACUGGUUCGUGAUUUUUGGUGCCAUUGUAGGCCAUGGUCUCUGUACUGCUGCUGCAUGUAUUGGUGGUCAGCUCCUAGCCACAAGAAUCUCCAUGAGAAACGUUACGUUGGGCGGUGCUGCCGCAUUCUUUGUGUUUUCCGUGUUGUAUUUCUAUGACUUCUACACUCACGUCCCAGAGACGACUGCUGCGGCUGUGGUCAAGUCAUCCACGACGGUUACGUCGGUAUAA